CCGCUUUGCUUUCGUCUCAUUCAUGCUGUCCAAUCAGGCUCCACUAAAGCGAGGCACCGCCAAGAUCAGAUUGUGAGAGACGCUGCAGUAGCAAGGCUAACGGAGAGUGGAUAGAAAAGGCUAGCGAGCGAGUUGUUAACCUGUAAGGUGCACCGGGUUCUGAAUAGUAGCUGGCAGAGAGUCUUUUUAGCUCAAGACAUAACUCUUUUUGGUCCUUUGGGAUCAUGGCUAAAGAUGCUGGUCUAAUUGAAACCAAUGGAGAGCUGAAGGUUUUCAUCGAUCAGAAUCUGAGCCCUAGUAAAGGUGUCCUGUCCUUGGUUACUGUCCAGCCUACAGCUGCCCCUGUGGCCAAACAGCUACUACCCAAAACCCUUGGGCCAUCUAAUGUGAACAUCGCUGCACACAUGCAAAAUUUGCCACACAUGGUGAUUGGAACACCCCAGAGGCCUACAGUAUCAAAUACCAUUUUGAUAAACAGUCCACACACCCCCACUUCCCAGUUCCACACACAGAGUCAACCAGCCGAUCCCUCUCCUUGGUCAUCAACAAAGCGUGGGAAGAAAGGGGAAAAGAAUGGGAAAGGCUUGAGGCAUUUUUCCAUGAAAGUGUGUGAAAAGGUGCAGAAGAAAGGAGUGACCACUUACAAUGAAGUGGCAGAUGAACUGGUGGCAGAAUUCAGCUCAUCAGACACCCACAUGUCACCGAAUGACUCACAUGUGUAUGACCAGAAGAACAUUCGGCGGCGCGUUUACGAUGCACUUAACGUGCUCAUGGCUAUGAACAUUAUUUCUAAAGAGAAAAAAGAAAUCAAAUGGAUCGGCCUACCCACCAACUCAGCGCAAGAGUGCCAAAACCUCGAGGUGGAGAGACAAAGGCGACUGGAAAGGAUUAAGCAGAAACAGUCACAGCUUCAGGAGCUCAUACUGCAGCAAAUAGCUUUUAAGAACCUGGUUCAGAGGAACAGACAGACAGAGCAGCAGGCAAACCGACCUCCACCUCCCAACUCCAUCAUCCACCUUCCUUUCAUUAUUGUCAACACCAGCAAGAAAACGGUCAUCGACUGCAGCAUAUCCAACGACAAGUUUGAGUAUUUGUUCAACUUCGACAGCAUGUUUGAGAUCCACGAUGACAUUGAAGUGCUAAAACGUAUGGGCAUGGCCUGUGGCGUGGAGGUGGGAAAGUGCUCUCCAGAGGAUCUGAAGGUAGCACGUAGCCUGGUGCCCAAAGCUCUGGAACCUUACGUUAUAGAAAUGGCAAAAGGUCCCAUCAGUAAUGUCUACAUCACUGGAGGAUCCUCUGCUAAUGGAGCCCGUUACCCCGCAAGCAGUGAUGGCUGCACUGAUGGCACCAUGGCCUCCAGCUCAAAUGAUUCUCACUACAGCGGGUCUCGUGUGGAGACUCCAGUGUCUUACAUGGGGGAUGAUGAUGAUGAGGAUGAGUAUGAUGAGAAUGAUGAUGAAGACUAACCUAUCUACACCUCGCCACUCCAACAAGCACAGUCUUCAGAACCACCUUCACCGUGGAAAUUUAGUCCACUUUUGUGUGUGCUUUUUUUCAACCUCCCUCCUCCCCCCCCGUUCCCCUGUAUUUCUGUCUGGCUUUCUCAGGGGUGUCAAUGAAUAUUAAAAGAAUGGAGGUCUUUGUUGCACCCAUCUUUUUCUGCUCCUGAAUCACCUGCACCACAGCUCAGUGGGAGGUGUCGUCCAAGGGAACUGUAGUCUUUGUCCCUGCCACCUGAAGUCUUUGUCUAAUCCACUUCUUAAUAAGCCAUCCCACUAAAAGCAACUCUGUAAAGCCUACUGCUAUUGGAGAAUGUAUAAUGUCCUGUUUGACUUAUGAUUUUUGCCGUUGCAUAUGGCAGACAUGAUGAUCAAAAUGUUCCAAGGUGGCCAAAGUGUCUGCUGUAAAAUGCUUUGUUAGCGCAACACCGUGGAUUCUGAAUACAGAUGCCACUGCAUCACAGGAUGGGGCUCCAUCAGAUUUCUUGAUCCUUUUUGUUUUGUGUUCUGGGCAGUUUGAAAUAGUUUCCCGAUUGUUUUGGGCUGGCUUCCUUCUGUUCUGUAGGCAGCUGCUUUCCUGAUCUUGUUUGCUAGGUUUAUUUGUAUUCCAGAGUUGAGGAAUUCUCCAUCACCGCCCUGUUGAUGCCUUGGUAGUGUUUACAAAAUAAUGGCAGCAGCGAGGUAAAGGCUUUUGUAACCCAGGCUCCUGAUGGGUAAAUAAGCUUUGUUUGUUAAUUACAUAUAUGAAUCCUACAACAAUUGUAGCUUAUAGUUUCCUUUAGAAGCCAGUGGUAAAGAUAGACCUACAAAAAUUAUUGAUGUAACAAUGUGUGGUUGUAUAGGUCUUUAUGUACACACUUCAGAGAUCUCCCUUUUAAAACUGAGCAACACGUGUACUGACUCUUCCAAAUACCUUUUCUGUAAUCUAAUAUAAGUUUGCAAAUUAAAUAUAGAUUGUUUUAAUAA